GGAAGAGAUUGUGUUUUCAUCGCACAAUUCACUGAAGUGACACUGACACAGAUUUCAGUAGUGGGUUUAUCUUCAUUACUGACUGUUUGAAGCCGAUGAUGCACUUGUUUUGAAGACAAAAACAAAGAUCAAGGCAACUGGAGCAAAAUCAGCACAGCGAUUCAAUCAGAGUUCUGCUCCACUGGAGUAAAGGAUGCAUCAGGGACGCCUGCGCUUGCGACCAUGGUUAGAGGAACAGAUCGAGUCGGGCACAUAUCCAGGUGUCAUGUGGCUGGAUGAGUCUGCAAGAGUUUUCCAGAUUCCCUGGAAACAUGCAGCCAGACAUGGAUGGAACAUUGACAAGGAUGCGACUCUGUUCAGAAACUGGGCAAUUCACACAGGGAGAUAUAAACCUGGAACAGACAAACCUGACCCCAAGACAUGGAAAGCAAACUUCCGCUGUGCGCUCAAUUCACUGCCAGACGUCAAAGAACUUCAAGAUAAAAGUAUGAAGAAAGGUCACAACGCUUUCAGAGUUUAUAUUCUCCUGCCACACAGCAAAAUACUCAAGAGACACAGAGCUAUUAGAGGUUUGGAUUCUCAGAUUAAAUCAGAGUCUCCUCCACCACCAAUACAAAGAAACACAGCACUGGAGAGAUUUACAGAGAACUUCUGGAAGUUCACAGACGAUUGCGAUCAUUCCGAAGCUGACGUCCUGAGAAAAGAUCUUCUCUCCAGAGGUGUUGAGGAGGACCAAUCAAACAUCAGCACCACAGCACAGGGACUACAACUGACCAAAAGCGAUGAGCAUGAACAGACACAAGCCGUGCUGAAGAUUGUGGACCAUCUGAAAAACUUUGAGCACUGGAGUCCAUUAUAUGAAAGUGACAGAAGCUGGAGACCAGCAAACUCAACGUGGAUGGACUGUCUCUGUGAAACGAUGGCGUGUUCAGGUUAUUCCCUCCACACAGACUGUAAUAUUCACUGUAAUACCUCAUCAGCUCAAUAUGACUAGAAUAUCAGAGCAACCGGGACUCAAUUCUGAAUACAUCAAAUCUUCUUUCAUC